AUGGAAGCCGGAGAUUCCAAUGCGGGAACACCAUCGCCUACCACGCAAUCAGCCCUCACACUUGCGCCUAUACAUUUUGCUAUAUCCUACCAUCUAUCGCUGGAUAAUCUACGUUGCAUCCGUCGUCGAAUUAGAGACGAAGUCGAGAAGGCCCGUAUUAAAGACCUAUCUUACAAAGAUCAAUGUACCUCUGUCACAUCUACCAGCUAUAGGUGGUCUAAUGAGAUAUAUUUUUACCGAGGCACCUUUUUACAAAAGCAAAAAAUCAUCUGCUCUCUGCCUAAAGGAUACGAAAAUUCACCCGAACGCUUCGAUGCCUGCCCGCAUCAGAGUUUGUCCAUCUCUGCCCCGGAGUUUUUGAUAGAAAACAACCUGGACAAGGUACAGGAAUGCUUAAUUUACAAUCCACCACGCUGUUCUCGCCAUCUAACGGAGACAUGGAGCAAUACUCAAGGGCCUUAUGCCAAGAUAACUGCUUGCACGAUAUGCCACUUAGUUGCUGAGUGUUCUUUAAAGUUGCGGAAUCGCAAUUUUUAUAUAAAGUAUACUUGCUAUAAAGACCUUGGCCCGGGAACAGAUCUUCAUCAUCCUAAAUGGCUUGCUUCACUUACAGGCGCGGGCAACCCCCAUCUACAAGAAAACAAGCAUGAAAGGCUUUAUGCACAAUUUUGGCGUAGAGUUACUACUCGCCGAAACAAUAUGGAAUGA